UUCUUGAACUCUACUAUAGAACCGCAAAAGUUUUCAUUCAUUUUAUGGUUACGAAGUUAAUGUGAUGUUUUAUAAUAGAAAGCGGAGGAGUAAAAAUCAAAACCCAUUUCAGAGUUUGACAGAAAAUCAGAAGCUUAUUAUUAAAUUAGUGUGCAAUAAUAGGACGUCAUCUAUCUAUAAUCUGAGGACACUUCAAAGGAGAGGUGAGAAUAUAUUCGGCUGAUUUUCUCCUUUAAUUUGUUUCGACAAAUAUAUCUUUCUCUAACACAAAAAUGGAGGCAUAUGGAGGAGGCCAGUCGAGCUCUAAUAAUGAAGAAUCAACACAAGGGUAUAAUUCGAAAAGAAGAGAUCUGGAACUGGCUACUAAGAAACGCCUUGAGAAAAAUAAAAUGAAGCAAACCAAAAACAAGAAAAGAAGGGUUAUUGAAGAAUUAGUGGAGUGCAGUGGGAAUAACAAAGAGAAAGAUGAGCUGGUAGUUCGCGGGGAGCAUCAAUGUGUGUUAACAACAUCACUAGAUUACAUUAACUAUAAUGUGUUGGAUUGGGAAUCUGUCAUGACGAACAUGGAAGUAGAAGUGAAUUUCGUGCUCAAAACUAUGGUGCAAUUGCUAGGGGUUAAUAAAGAGGUGGCUCUUCUGCAAUUUGAACUACUCUUGAGGAGCUUGCAUAUCCGCAAAGAUUACAUAUUGCUUGUUCUCAAGGCUUUGAAGAAGGAGUAUGUUUCUGAAGAGGAAGAAUAUGAAGUAUUGAAGAAGAUGUGGGAUGAGAAGAUGGAGCAUGCGCGACUUAUUAGCGAUGAGCAUUUUAAUUUGAUUAAGAUGGGGGAAGAAAAAGGAAAUAAGAAGCAGAAAAUGGCAGAGAAAGCAGAAGAUGAGGAAAACAACCAGUUGGUUCUGUGCAUUGAAAAAUUGCAAGAUAUACAAGACAAGCUCGAGAAGAUUAAUGAAGAAGCAAGGGAUGAAGUAUUGAAAAUAGCACAAAAGUUCAGUCAGCUCCGCAAGCCAGUCUAUGAGAAACGAAAUGAUAUUAUUAAAACUAUUCCUAACUUCUGGUUGACGGCAUUUUUGAGACACCCUUUUCUCGGUAAUCUUGUUAGUACUGAAGAGGACCAUAAAACUUUUAAGUAUCUAAGUUCUAUCGAAGUGGAAGACACUGAAGAUUUUAAAUCGGGUUAUACCAUCACCUUCUACUUCAGUCCAAAUCCUUUUUUUGAAAAUACAAUGCUGUCGAAGACUUAUACCUUCCUUGAAGAUGGACGACCUACAAAAGUUACUGCUUCCACAGUACAAUGGACAGAAGGCAAUGGAGUUGCUCCCCUUGCUGAGGAAAGAAGCUUCUUUUUGUGGUUCAGUAGUGAAGUCAAUCAGAAGUAUGAUGAAGUUGCUGCGAUAAUCAAGGAUGAGCUAUGGCCGAACCCUCUAAAUUAUUUCAAUGAAGAUGAUGAAGAAAAAGAUCUUCAUGAGGCAGACAAUGGCGGUGAUGAGAUAGUCAACGACAGUGAAGAUGAUAGCAAUGAGGAGGCCGAUGAAGAGGAUGUUGAGGCUGCAGAUGAAGAGGUAGUAAAGGACAGUGAAAAUGAUGGUGAUGAGGAGGCUGAUGAAGAGGAUCUUGAGGCUGCAGGCGGAAGUGGCAAUGAGGUAGUAAAGGACAGUGAAGAUGACGAUGAGGAGGCUGAUGAAGAGGAUCUUGAGGCUGCAGAUGAAGCUGGUGAGGGAACGGAGAAUGAAGGCUCUUAUGAUGACUAUGAUCUAGGAGGAGGAUGAUGAAGCCAAAUUUACUCUUAUACAGCAACUCCUCUUCUGAGUUCGAUCUCGUCUUCAAAUGUUUUCUUCAAUAGGUUUGAUUGACGUUUGUGAUGACUGAUGACGCUUUAGAUGUUUGGAAAAGAACGUACAGAUCAGAACAUUAUUGAUA